AUGCCGACUGCACUCCCACUGAAACGACAAGGAAUGUACCCAGACGACGGUGCAAUGUCGGAAGCUCACAUGUAUGGCGAGAGGACCAGCACAUGCGAUUCCUUUCAUGCUCAGGUCUGGAUGUCUAUGCUUGGUGCCUACUUGGUUGUCAGCAUUACGCUAUUCUUCAUUGGUCGCAUCACCCCAUAUGAAUGGUAUAGACGGCAUCCUUGCAGCCCCACAAUCGAGAAUCAGUUCACGCUGCUCAACAGCUUCUGGUUUACGGUCGGCUCCCUCAUGCAACAAGGUAAGUCUGGAAUAAUUUUCUUACUCUUAUCUCCAAACCAUGCUCAGAGGAAGGUUUACGUUUCAACAGCAACUAAAAAAGACUUUUGA